GAAGCCGUUAGGCAAUGGACCGCCAAGUUUUGGCACCCAACCAAUAGUUCCUAUAGUGACACGUGUACAAAGAGAAAGAUCCAACUGAAACCGUUUAAACGAUUUUCACUGCAUCCUUAUGCGCAUCACAUUCACAUCUUCUUCUCAGAAAGUUUUAAUCGGUUCUUGAUUCUCGAUUUUGAGAUCAGAGAUAAGAAAAUGGCGAAAUCUAGCGCCGACGAUGCUGAACUCCGGCGAGCUUGCGAGACUGCAAUUGAAGGCACGAAACAGAAGAUCGUCAUUUCCAUCCGAGUCGUGAAGACUCUCGGUACCUGGGGAAAAGCUGCCAUGCUUGGUCGUCAAAUGGCUAAACCUAGGGUUCUCGCUAUCUCUACGAAAGCGAAAACUCAACGGACAAAAGCUUUUCUUCGAGUUUUAAAGUAUUCAAAUGGAGGAGUUCUUGAGCCUGCUAAGAUAUACAAGCUGAAGCAUCUCUCAAAAGUGGAAGUUGUAUCUAAUGAUCCCAGUGGAUGUACAUUUACUUUGGGAUUUGAUAACCUUAGAAAUCACAGUGUGGCUCCUCCACAGUGGACAAUGCGCAAUAUUGAUGACAGGAACCGCCUUCUGCUUUCUAUCUUGAAUAUCUGCAAAGAUGCCCUGGGCCGCCUUCCUAAAGUUGUUGGUGUCGAUGUUGUGGAGAUGGCUCUUUGGGCUAAGGAAAACACACCUGCAGUUUCCACUCAAAAUAACCGAGCAGAUGGCGCUACUGUUGAAUAUCAUGUCAAUGAAGCAGAAUUGAAAGUCAAUGUUGAGAAGGAGCUUGUCUCCCAAGCAGAGGAAGAGGACAUGGAAGCUCUUUUGGGAAAUUAUAUCACGGGUAUUAGUCAAGCAGAGGCGUUUUCUGAAAGGUUGAAAAGAGAGCUCCAGGCUCUGGAAGCAGCAAAUGUGCAUGCUAUUUUAGAAAGUGAACCUUUGAUAGAUGAGGUGUUGCAAGGGCUUGAAGCUGCUUCAAAUUGUGUGGAAGACCUGGAUGAAUGGUUAGGCAUGUUCAAUGUGAAACUCAGACACAUGAGGGAGGAUAUUGAAUCAAUUGAAAUCCGCAAUAACAAGUUGGAAAUGCAAUCAGUAAAUAACCAAUCUCUCAUUGUUGAGCUUGAUAAACUUGUCGAGCAAUUGCAUAUCCCUUCUGAGUAUUCAGCAUUUUUGACAGGAGAUUCAUUUGAUGAAGCGCAAAUGCUUCAAAAUAUUGAAGCAUGUGAGUGGUUGACUGGGGCCUUGCGUGCUUUUGAAGUGUCAAACAUAGAUCCCACUUACGCAAAGAUGAGAGCUUUUAAAGAGAAGCGAGGAGAACUUCAAAUAAUAAAAUCUACCUUUGUUAGGAGAGCCUCUGAGUUUUUGAGGAAUUACUUUGCUACUUUUGUUGAUUUCAUGAUGAAUGAUAAGAAUUACUUUUCACAGCGGGGACAGUUGAAAAGGCCAGAUCAUGCUGACCUGCGAUACAAGUGCAGGACAUAUGCACGCCUUUUGCAACAUUUAAAGAUUCUUGAUAAGAAUUGCCUGGGCCCAUUGAAAAAAGCUUAUUGCUGUUCUCUAAACUUGCUUCUUCGCAGGGAGGCCCGUGAGUAUGCUAAUGAACUUCGUGCUAGUAAUAAAACUGCUAGAAGUCUAACCGAAGGUUCCACGGGUUCUGGUCAGAAUGCAAAUUCUGUUGACACUUCUUCAGUUGCUGAUGCUUAUGCAAAGUUGCUCACUGUUUUUAUCCCACUUAUGGUGGAUGAGAGUUCUUUUUUUGCACAUUUCAUGUGCUUCGAAGUUCCUACACUUGACGGUAAUAAAUCAGGAUCCAUUGAUGCUAAAGAUGACGAUGAUUUGGGAAUUGCGGACAUUGAUGAUAGUGAUAGUAAACCCAGUGCAGGUAUAAGUCCUGUGGAGCUUGCAGCUUUAAAUGAAGCACUUCAGGAUUUGCUUGAUGGAAUUCAAGAAGACUUCUAUGCUGUUGUGGAGUGGGCAUGCAAGAUUGAUCCUUUAUGCUGCAUAUCAAUGCACGGAAUAACAGAACGCUAUCUCUCUGGUCAAAAAGCUGAUGCAGCAAGAUUUGUCCGCCUUUUGCUUGGUGACCUUGAGUCUCGGAUAUCUACGAUGUUUGCUCGUUUUGUUGAUGAUGCUUGCCAUCAGAUUGAAAGAAGUGAACGCAAUGUUCGCCAAAGUGUCCUACCCUACAUUCCCAGAUUUGCAACCCUUGCAACACGGAUGGAGCAGUACAUUGCUGGCCAGUCCAGGGAUUUGGUUGACCAAGCGUACACAAAAUUUGUUAGCAUAAUGUUUGUAACUUUGGAAAAACUUGCACAAACAGAGCCAAAGUAUGCAGAUAUUUUUCUUAUAGAGAACUAUGCUGCUUUUCAGAAUAGUUUGUAUGACCUAGCCAAUGUGGUGCCUACUUUGGCCAAGUUUUAUCAUCAAGCUAGUGAAGCGUAUGAGCAAUCAUGCUCGCGCCAUAUUAGCAUGAUUAUCUAUUAUCAAUUUGAACGCCUUUUCCAGUAUGCUCGAAGGAUUGAGGACUUGAUUUUCAAUAAUGUUGCACCUGAAGAGAUUCCUUUCCAGCUUGGGUUGUCAAAAGUGGAUUUUCGGAAGAUGCUAAAGGCCAGUUUGUCUGGGAUGGACAGGUCCAUUGGUGCAAUGUAUAAGAAAUUGCAGAAGAAUUUGACUUCAGAGGAACUGUUACCUUCCUUGUGGGAUAAAUGCAAGAAGGAUUUUAUUGAUAAGUAUGACAGUUUCGUCCAACUUGUGGCCAAGAUUUACCCUGCUGAGUCAGUACCUACUACACAGGAAUUGAAAGAUCUUUUAGCUAACAUGUAAAGGUUUAUCUGUGUACACAUUUUCUCAUUCUUUUUUUACUGAAAUGUAAUUUACUUAAUGAAAUGCAUUCUUUUUUUACCAAGAUGAAAGGUAAUUUACUUAAUGAAAUGCAUCCUUUUUUUUUUACUAAGAUGAAAUGUA